UGUUGAUGACCUCUAAGAUCCAGUACAACAACGCAGACGAACAAGCAUCUUGCCAGUGUGUUUUCUAGUUAUUUUGUUUAUAGUGAUGAUCUGUGUAGUGACUAUAUAUAUAAUUGUUUAAUUUAAAAAUGAAGUGUUUAAUUGUUAUUUUUGGACUGACACUCUUGUGGAAGGAUGCACUUUCAGAGUCCUGUGUAACACCACUAGGCGAGCGAAGUAAUUGUAUAUCGUUUUACGACUGUCCACAACUGCUUUCUGCAUUUGAACAGAAACCUCUUCAGAACAAUGUUAUACAUUUCUUGAAGCAAUCUCAAUGUGGUUUCGCCGGGUUUACUCCGAAGGUGUGCUGCGGACCCUUACCACAGACAACUGCAUCUCAGACAACGCCAAAACCUAGACCAUCACCGUUGCCCGACUUAGGACAAGGGAUCGAUCCCUCUACGGAGGCGGACUCAUAUCCAGAACCACGCAGUUCCUGUGGAAUUGACAAUGGCGACAGGAUUUUUGGAGGACAGAUAACAGAUUUGGACGAGUUCCCUUGGAUGGCUUUGUUGGGAUAUCGCACAAAGGCUGGCAGACUGACGUACCAGUGUGGAGGAGUUUUGAUCAAUCACCGAUAUGUAUUGACUGCAGCUCAUUGCGUUAUAGGGGCCAUUGAGACUGCUGUAGGAAAAUUGGAAACUGUUCGCUUAGGUGAAUACAACUUGCAGACAGACGUGGACUGUCUGGGCAACGAUUGCGCGGAUCCCUUACAGGAGAUAUUGGUCGAGGCUGCUUACCCCAACCCUGGUUUCUCGGACAAGAAAAUUAACAGGGAAGACGAUAUAGCUCUUGUGAGACUGGCUCGUAGGGCUCGAUACUCAGGAUUCGUGCAGCCUAUCUGCUUGCCGGAUAGCAACCAGCGUAUCUCUGCUGGCACUUCGGUCUACGUGGCUGGAUGGGGGAAAACCUUGAACGGUAAGAGCAGCCAAGUAAAACUGAAGCUUGGCUUGCCAAUCUACGACAAGCAAGACUGCGUUGCGAUGUUUAGGAAUCUCAAUGCUCUGUUGACCGAUAAGCAGAUAUGUGCGGGCGGAACGUUUGCGGAAGACGCGUGUAAAGGCGAUUCGGGAGGCCCACUCAUGAGGCAGAUACAGGGCGGCGCUUGGGAGUCGGUAGCCGUUGUGUCCUUCGGCAACGGCUGCGGUAGGGACGGCUGGCCCGGCGUCUAUACUUCAGUGUCAAGUUACAUAGACUGGAUUAAGAACACAAUGCGUAAUACGAACACGUAGACAGUGAUGCUCAGUAGUGAAAUAUAUUGUAGUAACCGAAUGGUAAACCAGUGAGCGUGAUGUGAUAUGGUAUGUGCUGGAGAAAACAAAUAAAUUCUGUUUUUUACUGA